GACCCAGGAGCAGCUGGGAGGCGGCUCUGGGGGGAGCGAUCGCUGGGCUCAGGCCCGGCAGCAGGAAGUGACUCGCAGCCGCUGCGGUGACUCUGGCUCCAGGCUCCUGGCGAGAUCCCCGAGCCCCGGCGGCUGGUGCUGGGAGCCCGGAGCCCGGGCUGCAGCCGGGAGAGGGGAAUCUCCAGCAGGGCCCUUCCCGCUGCUCCCCAGGAGCCUCUCCCAGGGCAGAGCCCCCAGCCCGGCCAGGCCCCUUCCCGGCUCGGCCUCUGCCCCAGGGGGGCCCCGCUCGGAGGGAAGGCUGAGGAAUCACGUCCAGAUUUCGCUCCAGAUCAUCCCGUCUUCCAGGGCACAGGGAAGGGAAAUGGCUGUGAUGGAGCCAGCACAGAUGCCGGUGACCUUCGAGGAGGUAGCUGUGUAUUUCACGAAGGGGCAGGGAGCUCUUCUGGACCCCGCUCAGAGAGCCCUCUACAGGGAUGUCAUGCAGGAGAACUAUGAGACUGUGACCUCGCUGGGAUUUCCCAUUUCCAAACCUGAGCUGAUCGCCCGACUGGAACGAGGCGAAGAACCGUGGGUGCCCGAUCUCCAGGCCUCAGAGGAAAGAGAGAUCUCGAGAGGCACCCACGCAGCAGGUGAUGACAGAGUGAGUGAGAAUGAGGAGUGGAAUCAUCAUGAGCAUGUUCCUGGGGAAGUGGAACCACAGGGGACCUUUGUGCAAAGAGCUGAAGGGAAUUUUUUCCAGUGCUUGGAAGAGGGAAAAGCCUGGGGAAAUUGGCAAAGGUCAGAGAGGCUGCUGGGAAAACACCCAAAGAAGAAAGUGAAUGAAUCCAUUCAAUGUUGGGCAGGAGACAAGGAUCCCACAGCCCAGCAGACAAAUCCCAAGGAAGAAAAAUCCUAUCAGUGCCUCGAAUGUGGGAAAGGAUUCAUUUUGAGAUCACACCUUGUGACACAUCAGACAAUCCAUACUGGUCAGAAACCCCUUCAGUGCUUGGACUGUGGAGAAAGCUUCAAUAACCGCUCAGACCUCAAUAACCAUAGGAGAGGCCAUUCAGGAGAGAAACCCAAUCAGUCCCUUGAGUGCAGGAAAUGUUUGAAUUGGAAAUCAGCACUAAUUACACACCAGAUAAGCCAAAUACGAGAGAGACCCCAUAAAUGCUUAGACUGUGGAAAAAGUUUCAUACAGAGGUCAGACCUUGUUAAACAUCAGGCAAUCCACACAGGAGAGAGACCCCUUAAGUGCUUAGACUGUGGAAAAAGUUUCAGAGACAGAUCAGCCCUUUAUAAACAUCAGGCAAUCCACACAGGAGAGAGAAACCAUAAGUGCUUAGAUUGUGGAAAAAGUUUCAUAUGGAGGUCAGACCUUGUUAAACAUCAAGCAUUCCACACAGGUGAGAGACACCAUAAGUGCGUGGACUGUGGGAAAAGUUUCAUAACGCGGUCAGAUCUUGUUAAACAUCAGGCAAUCCAUACAGGAGAGAGACCCCAUAAGUGCUCGGACUGUGAGAAAAGUUUCAUACGUAGGUCAGACCUUGUUAAACAUCAGGCAAUCCACACAGGAGAGAGACCCCAUAAGUGCUUGGACUGUGGGAAAAGUUUCAUACAGAGGUCAGACCUUGUUAAACAUCAGGUAAUCCACACAGGAGACAGACCCCAUAAGUGCUUGGACUGUGGAAAAAGUUUCAGAAAUAUAUUGGCCCUUGUUAAACAUCAGGCAGUCCACACAGGAGAGAGCCCCCAUAAGUGCUUAGAUUGUGUAAAAAGUUUUGUAUGGAGGUCAGACCUUGUUAAACAUCUGGCUAUCCACAGAGGAGAGAGACCCCAUAAGUGCUUGGACUGUGGAAAGAGUUUCAUACGGAGGUCAGACCUUAUUAAACAUCAGACAGUCCACACAGGAGAGAGACCCCAUAAGUGCUUACACUGUGGGAAAAGUUUCACACAGAGAUCAUCUCUUAUAACACAUCAGAGGAUCCACACAGGUGAGAGACCCCAUAAUUGCUUGGAUUGUCAGAAAAAUUUCACAAACAGAUCAGCCCUUGUUAGACAUCAGGCAAUCCACACAGGAGAGAGACCCCAUAAGUGCUUGGACUGUGGGAAAAGUUUCACACAGAGAUCACACCUCAUUAAACAUGGGAGAAUCCACACAGGAUCUAAACUUCUGUGGAGCAGCAGCCCAGAAAAUCUCCAGCAGGGCCCUUCCCGCUGCUCCCCAGGAGCCUCUCCCAGGGCAGAUCCCCCAGCCCCAGGGGGGCCCCGCUCGGAGGGAAGGCUGAGGAAUCACGUCCACAUUUCGCUCCAGAUUCACUCGUCUUCCAGGAGACAGGGCAGGGAAAUGGCUGUGAUGGAGCCAGCUCAGAUGCCAGUGACCUUCGAGGAGGUGGCCGUGUAUUUCACCCAGGGACAGGGAGCUCUGCUGGACCCCGCUCAGAGAGCCCUCUACAGGGACGUCAUGCGGGAGAACUAUGAGACGGUGACCUCGCUGGGAUUCCCCCUUCACAAACCUGACUUGAUUGCCCGGCUGGAACGAGGGGAAGCGCCGUGGGUCCGGGAUCUCCAGGCCUCAGAGGAAAAAGAGAUCCCAAGGGGCACUUGCACAGCAGGUGAUGAGAGAGUGAGUGAGAACGAUGAGGGGAAUCAUCAUGAAGAAGUUUCUGGGGAAGUGGAACCACAAGGGCCCUUUGUGGGAAGAGCUGAAGGGAAUUUUUCCCAGUGCUGGGAAGAAGCCUGGGGAAAUUGGCACAGGUCAGAGAAGCUCCUGGGAAACCACCCAAGGAAGAAAGUAGAUGAAUCUAUUAAAUGCGGGGGAGGAGACAAGGAUCCCACAGUCCAGCAGACAAAUCCCAAGGAAGAGAAACCCUACCACUGUCUCCAGUGUGGGAAAGGAUUCAUUCUGAGAUCACACCUUGUGAUACAUCAGAUAAUCCAUACUGGAGAGAAACCUCUUCAAUACUUGCACUGUAUGGAAAGCUUCAAUAACCACUCAGAUCUUAAUAACCAUGGGAGAAGCCAUACGGGUGAGAAUCCCUAUCAAUGCCUCGAGUGUGGGAAAUGUUUCAGUGGGGAGUCAGCACUAAUUAUGCAUCAGAGAAUCCACACAGGUGGGAGACCACAUAAGUGCUUGGACUGUGGGAAAGGUUUCACACGGCGAUCAGGCCUUGUUACACACCAGGCAAUCCACACCGGAGAGAGACCCCAUAAGUGCUUGGACUGUGGGAAAAGUUUCACAUGGAGAUCACACCUUAUUAGACAUCAGACAGUCCACACAGGAGAGAGAGCUUAUAAAUGCUUGGUGUGUGGGAAAAGCUUCAGUAACAGCACAAACCUUACUAAUCAUCGGAGAAUCCACAGAGGAGAGAGACCCCAUAAAUGCCUCUACUGUGGGAAUGGUUUCCGUUGGAAGUCAGCCCUCAUAAUACAUCAGAGAAUCCACACAGGGGAGAGACCCCAUAAGUGCUUGGAGUGUGGGAAAAGUUUCACACAGAGAUCAGCACUUGUUACACAUCAGACAGUCCACACAGGAGAGGGACGCUAUAAAUGCUUGGAGUGUGGGAAAAGUUUCAGUUGGAAGUCAGACCUUAUAACACAUCAGAGAAUCCACACAGGGGAGAGACCUCAUAAGUGCUUGGACUGUGGGAAAAAUUUCAUACAGAGAUCAACCCUUACAAGGCAUCAGAGAAUACACACAGGAGAGAGACCCUAUAAAUGCCUCGAGUGUGGGAACUCCUUCAGUUGGAAGUCCGAUCUUAUCACACAUCAGCGAAUCCACACAGGAGAGAGACCUCAUAAGUGCUUGGACUGUGGGAAAAGCUUUAGAUGCAGCUCACAACUCACUCAACAUCAGAGAACCCACACGGGAGAAAGACCCUAUAAAUGCCUUGAGUGUGGGAAAAGUUUCAUUGGGAGUUCUCAUCUUGUUGCACAUCACAGAAUUCACACUGGAGACAAACCUCAGAAAUGCCUCAACUGUGGGAAAUGUUUCAGGUGGAAGUCUGCCCUUAUAACACAUCAGAGGAUCCACACAGGAGAAAGACCCCAUAAGUGCUUGGACUGUGGGAAAAGUUUCACAAACAGAUCAGCCCUUGUUUUACAUCAGAAAAUCCACACGGGAGAGAGGCCCCAUAAGUGCUUGGAGUGUGAGAAAAGUUUCACACAAAGAUCAUGUCUGAUAACACAUCAGAUAACCCACACUGGAGAAAGACCCCAUAAGUGCUUGGACUGUGGGAAAAGUUUCACACAGAGAUCAAACCUCAUUAAACAUGGGAUAAUCCACACAGGAUCUAAACUUCAUAAAUGCCUUGCCUGUGGAGAAAGCUUCAUUCAGCGAUCACACCUCAUUAAACAUCAGAGAAUCCACAAAGGUGUGAGAUUCAAUCUGAGCUCACACAUCAGUGAUCCACACAACAGAGAGAGCUUGAAUGGGGUGGAAGCUUCGUUUGGUGCUCCUGGAGUAUCAGGCAUCUGCAAAUCUGCAUAAGGAAGAAACCUCUGAGAUGUUCUCAGUGUGGAAAAUGCUGCAAGUGGAGCUAACACCAUGUUGGACAUCAGAGACUCCUCCAAAGAGCACAGAAAUUCUCUCAGGGCCCUGACUAGGGCUGGCCAUGGUGACCAACCCGUUUCCUCAUUCCCACACACAUCAGGGGCAUUUGCCUCCCAAGGAUCCAUCUGCCCAUUGCUGGGGUGAAGAUACAGCAGCAGCUGAUCAUCAGCUGGUCAGUGACCCUCUGGCUCUGCCUGGUCUAAGCAAACCCCAGGCAGAGGAGGAGAAGCACCGAUCAUCCCCUCCUCCCUGCUGCAGCCCUGGCUGCUGAGCUGAUGGGCCGCAGGUGGGGGAAGGGAGAGAGAGACAUUCCUCCAGACACUCCCUCUGCCUGGCUGAAGUUCCCCCUCUCCCUUCCCCUCCCAGCCAGGAUCCCCCUGCCAUAGAGAUGAGGAGAAGGACACUUGGUCCACGCCCCACCUUCACUCUAGACAUCUGUCCCCACCCCCCAUCUUCCACCAGCCCCUGGGCUGGGCUCCCCCACUUACCUGGGGCUGUUCUCUGCAGAGGGAGUGUCCCUGGGGGCUUGGUAACCCCUCCCUAAAUUCCUCAGGAUCAAACGUUAAGGGACCUCCCCAUAACCAAUGGGUUAUGGGGAGGAAACUGGGGAUUGAAUGGUUGGGGCUGGGGGAGCUGAGAAGCAGGCAGAGCUGGGUGCUGGGGCUAUCGAGUGUUUGGACAUCAUGGGAUCAGAGGUGAGGGAGAGCACAGGGGUAGAGAUGUGCUGCCUCUCCUCACUCACCCCCUCUGCCCCUUCUCCCUGCCCUCUGUGCAUUCAGACAGCACCACUGAGAGGGGCUGAUUCCCACAAGGCCUUUUGUGGGAGGCCUGGAGAUCCCACCUCUGCCUCCGCAGCAUCAGCCUCUGAAUGUCUGUCUCUGGUAGAAAAAUGGUUGGGAUUAGCUAGCACAUCUUCCCAGACUCUCCAACACUCCUUCUAGUCACAUUGACCCUAAGUAUAUUAGCUAUUCCCAUCCUCUCCGUGAGCAGAGUGAUCGUUCGUCCCGGAGUUCCCCCUUUGGGGCCUGAUUGUCUCAUUCCCAGAUAGCCUCACAUUACUCCAGGCCAUACUGAAAAGCAUUGAGUGUUUGUAUAUUAUUCUCCCUGCGGGAGCAGAGCUAAACAGAUGCUAAAAAAGUGGGGAGCAGGGACAGUGAGUCCGAGGGAUUCCCUCCUUCUCCCAUCACUGUCACGCUCCACUCUCGACACAGCAGCCUCCAUCCCAGCAAUGGAGAGUUUUAUCCUGUCCCCGUUCUACCCCUCCCCCACUUACCACCAUGUCCCUGUCUCUCCAUGCUUAAGAAUCAGUUUUGAUUUCUGUGAUCCUCCAUGAGACUUCUGAGGGCUGGAGAAGAAAUUGUCACAGACUUGCGAGGGAGGGGAAGGGAGGAAUCCCAAAGAACCUCAAAGUACAGUUUGAACUUCCUGAUCUGUUUCCAUCUAUUGGUGAAAUUGCUUCCAGGUUUUUUCUGUGCUAGUCCAGAUCAUUUGUAGAUGGGAAGGGUUUUUGUUUGUUUGUUCAUUUCUUUUAUUAUGACGACGCUAAAACUUUUGUAACUAAUACAACCAAAUUAUUAGGCAAGAAGUGAAGCCAGUUUAGCCACUUUAGACGAAAAUUUAUUUUCUUGAUUUUGAGUCUUCAGAUUCUCUUUCACUUUAUGAACAUAAAAGUGUUUUAUAACCCACCCUGGAGUGUGGGUUUUUCUCUAUUCCAGAAGGCUGUUUGGUCACAAACUUUGAUAUUAGUUUAGUUUAGACGUAGCUUAGAUUUAUUGAGGACUUAAUGAGACAAAUGAUCAUUGGCCAGUACAAUCCUUUUUUAUUUUAUUUUAACCUUUUUCUACCCUUUUGUGAUGUGAGUUUAGUUUUAUUUGAACAAUGGCAAAGGUCAGUAUGUCUCAGCACAGACACUCCUGUUGCCAUAGUGCUGUCUGCACCAGAAGUUAGCUUGGUACAGCUGUGCCGCUUGGGGAGGGGGGUGGAAUUUCACAACUGAUGCAGGUUGCAUGCGCAGAUCACGCCUCUGAGUCAGGAGGAGGAGAGGGUGGGGGAACAGAGCUGGGAAAUGGCUGGGUUUGCUCUUCAGAGCCAGACGGCUGAGAACUGUGAACUCGCUGCAUCAGAGCCAGAGAGCGACUAGCCUUGGCCUGUGAGUGUCAUGCGAAGCUUCCCCUGCAAUCUAAAGGACCAUGAAUAACACCACAAAAAUGAUGGGGGGGGGAGGGGAGCAGCAUCCCCCUAUUGAGAUGCCGAGGUUGGGCGAUCAGAAGGGAGCCGGGGAUGUCAACAGACUUGGGCAGCCUUGAAACCAGGCCGACCCCCAUCACUGAGGACAGAGGGAGAAGAGGAGCCCUAGAGCCCUGCUGGUCACCCUCUCCCCAUCUACCGCAGUGUCCUGAGUGGGAACAUGAGAGACUGUCUCUGCCCCACUCACUCCACACUGCAUCCCUCCUACCGGAGCUCUUUGGAUUCCCUGCUCUCGGAGUGUUUCCUUUUGUGACUGGGUCCUAGCGUCUCUCAUGGCUUCUCGCCACUUUUCUACCAUUUUUACGUGUUGCACUGUUGUUGGUUCUUGUGGGAGUUGGAUGCGGCACUGUGCUGGGAUGGAACAGGAAAGUACCCGCUGAGCUGGGCUGUGGGUGGGGCACGGAGUCUGUCUUUGUUCGUCCUUUGGAAUAAUAAAGUAGAACUUAGUUUCUCCCAC